UUGUCCUUAAGGCUUUUAAUACAGUAUUUUAUCUCAAUUUCAGAUAACUCAUCAUCACAAAAAUCCCUGAAAUCAUUAUCUAUCUUAGCAAUGUUUGCAACACGUCAUGCUCUUAUCAACUGAGCUACGAAGGAGCACGUCGACGUCACUAGAAUGAUGACAAGCAAUUUUAAGGGAUUCUAAAGGGAAUCAGAAUUCCAAACUAAUUUCUAUGGCAACACAGUUGUCAAUUUUGUAAACAAUCAUUUUCGAACGUGUGUUGCCAAGAGACAUCUAACCGACGUUCUAUGGAACGUUUUCUGUGCGAAAACAACAACUUUGCUGCUGACAACAAACUUGUUUGAUUUUUGAGACCUGAGAACAAUCGACUGGAAAAUGCCUGGGUGCUUUUCAAGACUGGCGGAGAGAGUGCGUGGACGUCGGCGGCCUACUGCGUCGACAGGUUGUUCAAAUUCAUUUGUGGCUUGUUUUUCUUGUCUUUUUCUGUUUUGCAGGGUUCGUGAUCGUCGACAGGUGGACAGCGACAGCGACUUCGAAGAGGAAACAACUGUCCUGGAUGAGGUCCAGUUGGAUGUGCCAUUGGAUGAUGUGCCAGAUGUUCCACAGCUGCCAGUCCUCCUUGAUGUCCAGAAUGCUGCUAUCAUCCUUGAGGAUGUGCCAGAUGUGCAGACUAUCCUUGAGGAGGCCACUGGCAUUUGGCAGUUGAUUCCGAUUAGGUUCAGCCCCCAGUACUGUGGGCCUGUUGUGAUCAGGAACAAUGCCGGUCCGGUGGUUAAAGCUUGGAGAACUUUCCAGUUCAUCAGCCCCAUCAUCACCUACAUGUGUGGGGGAUCCCAGCAGGUGGUGGUGAGGAUGCACCACGUGAGUAGGGUGAGAGGCCUGGAGACUCAACUGGUGUGGGCCAUCUCCAAGGAGACAGCCAGGCUUAGUCCAGAGGGCAUCCCCUACUGUGCCACCAAAGUGCAGUCCAUCACUUGGAUCCAGCGUGUGGCUGGCAGGGUGACCCACUAUGCGUCUCACCUCCGCCACGAGACGUCUGUGGACGUGACGCUUGGCUGCUACCAGCAGACUGAUGUCUCAGUGGUGUACGCCACUCUCCACAUGGGGCUGGACGGGCUUCUAUCCUCUUCAGCGUGGUCGGAGGCUGCCUCCUUCUCUACUCCCACCACUCAGCAGUUCACUGACCCAGAGCCUGAGGGCCACAACUGCUAUGAGGGCUGGGAGGAGGACCUGCUGCCUGAGGAGAGGGAGGUUCCUCUGCUAAACCUCUACCUUACCACCAAGAGAGUGGAGGACAUCGCCCUGAGGCUCGUCUCCUUGCGCCAGGCCUUCACUACCCUGCUUGGUUCCACCCUGAGCAAGAACCAUCUGUUUGUGGCGGGAAAGGUCCUCCUGGGCGGCCUUGUUCAGGCCAACCACAUGGACGAGGCCAAAUUCAUCCGUACCUAUAAUGACUUUGUGGACUACCUGAGUGACCCCUCCAAGCGGAAUGACAUUGAGAGGGAGCUGGCUGAGGCAAAGAUACAUCAUGUGAACAUGAUAGAUGUCCUCUUUGAGCUGGUGCUGUUUGGGUUGAUGACAGCUCAGAAGUCCCUGAUGGUGCACCCUGGUGGGUUCGUGGAGCGUCUGUACGCUCUCCUGUACUCCUUCCUGCCCACUGCUGCCAACAUGGAGCCAGAGGCUGACAGAUACCUGCUGCUGCUCAAUGGCGGACUGAUGGCUCUGCUAGAUGACAUGUUUGGCCAGCAGCUGGCCUGGUAUUUUAACUCCGAGUCUCUGGUCACUGAGCUCUCCAGCCUCCUGGAGUACCACUUGGAGAACCUCAUGGCCAGCAUGUAGUCCUACUGCAGGGA